AUGGGCAAGAACAAGAUCCGCAGCAAGGACAAGUCAAGGAAAGACAAGGCCUCCACAAGCGACACGAAUAGCUCAAGCACCCCUUCGACAUGGACAUCUUCUCACGGGGCGGUUAUAACCAGAUCCACUAGCAAUACAUCUGAUCGUCGCCAGCUUCCAACAGAACCCCCAGGGAAAACGCUCUGUGUUCCUACCAUCACCUCGCUCAAGGAUACAACUCCAUCCAGCUCUUCCCCCGGUUCAUCGCCCGCUCCUCCGGUAAUACGCGGAAAGGGCGCAAAAGACAAACGAGACUCGGUCAUCUCAAGCACAUGGGAAGGUCCAAAGCAGGAAUCCAAACCUAAAGCUACCACCGCAGUCCGACCUCGAUGGGGCUUCAAGCCUCGCAACUGGUGGCCAUGUCGCACAAUACAGUGGAUCUACCACUUCUUCGUCGCUCUGACUCGGAUACGCUGGACCGACAAGCAAAUCUCCAAGGACCUCAUGUUAACACUAGCCUUCGUCGGUAUAGUCGUGGCCGGUGGCUACGUUGCCUUGGACAUACUGCUCAACGCAAUACCCGGUGUCUCGGCUCAAGCCGUAGAUAGCAACUGCAGCAUCGUCUAUGUCACUGUCCCUGGACCGAUCAUUACCAUCUCGCUCGUUGGUGCGUCGCCGACCAAUCCCGCGAAAGGCACGUACUACUUUUCGGUUGUGAAUAGUACGACGGAGUGGCUGGACAGUAUUGCGCCGCCUACUCGAUUCAGUACGUUGCCUACUAGAUCGGUGGAUGUUACGCCGAUUGUGUCUUCGGUGGGGCUGACUGGUAUACCUUCUUCUGGUACUGCUGUUGUGUCUCCGACGUUGGGAUCGACUACGUCUGGGCUGUCUCUGUCGGGUCCUUUGGUCUCGUCGUCUCUUACCUCGGCCUAUCAAUCAACCACAGAGACCGUAUCCGUCGUAUCCUGUUUCAACGAGUGUUGCCAUAUCCAGUACCGCGUUGUCUACUUCCGUUUCUAUGCUGUCUACAAUCAUUUCGCCAUCUACGGUCUCUCCGAUAUCGAAUACUAUCCCCUCAUCAGUCGUCUCGUCAAACCUCCUCCCGGCUCUGAGCUCAAGCAUACUCCCAAGCACGCCUGGCGGAACACCUUCGGCGCUUCCAACUGGUUCGAACGUACCAACGGCUUCAAGUACACUUACAACGUCUCUGGGUCCAUCCGGUGGAUCGGCUACUCCCGGUCGUUCUACAUCAACAACUACUGGAGGCUCUUUCGUUUUCCCAUCCACACAGAGCGAUGGCUUUACCGUGUCUCUGCCUGGUCCCACUUCAGGACCGACUCUUUCCGCCGACAUAUCGUCAAGUACCUCCAUAAGCCUGACGAGCAGUAUCGGCAGUUCUGCAAUACCAUCGCCAACGGGUUCCACUUCCUCGCCCUCCUUGACGUCCUCGAUCGGGAGUUCCGUUUCGACACCGGGGAUUUUGCCGACUUCAGCUCCAUCAUCCGCUCCAAGCAGUACAUCCAGCCCUACAUUGUCGUUGAGCUCCUCGAGUCAGCCUUUGACUAG